GGACCUUCCGGAUGGGUGAGAUUUUGUUUUGGCGGUUUGUUGGGUAUCUAACAAUGUAGCGUGUAAGAGAUUCCCCCCUAUCGUUUAGCGGUGAUAGAGGAUGAAGAUGCCCACGUUUACGUUUUUGUGCUCUUUAUCAUCAAAAUCCUGUCCUGACCUCCUCUAUCACUCUCCCGGUACUCACUCUUCUACUCUCGUUGCACUCUCAUUGCAAUUCGUUCAUCUCUGCCACUGUUAGUCUGUUACUCACUAACAAAGCCACCUACCUCUGGAUUUAUCGUUUCGGGCAGUCCGUCUCCAUGGCUGCCAAUUUUCCUCUCUUUAGAGCCGCACCCUCCUCUACCAAACCUGUUCGUAUCCGCAAGUUCAAUCCCACUACCCGAUUUCCCCCUUUGAACGCCAAAAGACAUCCAGUUUUACGUGGGUUAUCUACCAUCGCUUGCGCUUCUUCCAGUGGGAAGGAGCCUGACUCUGUGGACGAUGGUGUCAAGAGCGUUGAACGGCUUCUUGAACAAAAACGGCACGCAGAGCUCUCUGCCCGGAUUGCCUCGGGGGACUUCACUGUGGAGCAAUCCGGGUUUCCAUCAGUGGUGAAGGAAAGUUUGUUGAAGUUGGGGGUUCCAAGUGCGGUGCUGGAAUUUUUAUUUGGUUGGGUUGAUAACCAUGGAGAUUGUCCAAAGAUCCCGGAGGCAAAAGGAUCAAUUAGUGCCAUUAGGAAUGAGGCCUUUUUCAUCCCCUUGUAUGAACUUUACCUCAGAUACGGUGGAAUUUUUAGGUUGAACUUUGGACCAAAGUCAUUUCUAAUAGUUUCCGAUCCUUCCAUCUCAAAACAUAUAUUGAAGGAGAACUCAAAGGCUUAUUCAAAGGGUAUUUUGGCUGAAAUUCUAGAAUUUGUCAUGGGAAAGGGCCUCAUCCCUGCUGAUGGGGAGAUAUGGCGUGUUCGGAGACGUGCUAUAGUGCCAUCUUUGCAUCAGAAGUAUGUGGCUGCCAUGAUUAACCUCUUCGGACAAGCUACAGAUAGGCUUUGCAAGAAGCUAGAUGUUGCUGCAUCUGAUGGGGAAGAUGUUGAGAUGGAGUCACUUUUCUCACGUUUGACAUUGGACAUCAUUGGCAAGGCAGUGUUUAAUUAUGAUUUUGAUUCAUUAACUAACGAUACUGGGAUAGUUGAGGCCGUUUACACUGUACUGAGAGAAGCAGAAGAUCGGAGUGUUGCUCCAAUUCCAUUCUGGGAGAUUCCAAUAUGGAAAGACAUUUCACCCCGGCAAAAAAAGGUUUCUGCAGCACUCAAAUUGAUUAAUGACAUUCUUGAUGAUCUAAUAGCAAUAUGUAAGAGGAUGGUAGAUGAAGAAGAGCUACAGUUUCAUGAGGAAUACGUGAAUGAACAAGAUCCUAGUAUUCUCCACUUUCUUUUGGCAUCGGGGGAUGAUGUUUCAAGCAAGCAACUACGUGAUGACUUGAUGACAAUGCUUAUAGCUGGGCAUGAAACAUCUGCUGCAGUAUUAACGUGGACCUUUUAUCUUCUCUCCAAGGAGCCUAGAGUGAUGUCCAAGCUGCAAGAGGAGGUUGAUUCUGUUUUAGGAGAUCGGUUUCCAAGAAUUGAAGACAUGAAGAAACUCAAGUAUGCAACUCGAGUAAUCAAUGAAUCCUUGAGGCUUUACCCACAACCGCCUGUAUUAAUUCGUCGGUCACUUGUGGAUGAUGUCCUUGGGAAGUACCCCAUAAAAAGGGGUGAGGAUAUCUUUAUUUCUGUUUGGAACCUGCAUCGCAGUCCAAAGCUUUGGGAUGAGGCAGAUACGUUUAAACCUGAAAGAUGGCCUUUAGAUGGACCCAAUCCUAAUGAAACAAACCAAAACUUCAGCUACUUGCCCUUUGGUGGUGGACCGCGGAAAUGCGUGGGUGACUUGUUUGCUUCGUAUGAGAUUGUUGUAGCACUUGCAAUGCUUGUCCGCCGAUUUAACUUUCAAAUGGCACUAGGAGCUCCUCCUGUUGAGAUGACAACAGGAGCAACAAUCCACACAACAGCUGGUUUGAAGAUGACAGUCACGAGGAGAGUAAAACCUCCCAAAAUACCGGCAUUGGAGAUGCCCACAUUGCAAAUGGAUGCACCAAUCAGCCUAUCCAAAGGGGACAACACUUCGUUGGAUCAGAAAAGUGAGGUUUCUUCGGCUCAUUCCUGAUUGCUGUAGCCGUCCUACUUGCUGCUUGUAUGGGAUAGAUCCAUCUAUCUUGAAAAAGAAGAACCGGGAGAAAAAAAUAAAUAAA